AUCAGAUCUGCGCAUAACGAUGCAGAGGUGACAAUGAAGACGGAGUUCAAGUUCUCAAAUCUCCUUGGGACUGUUUACAGCCAGGGAAAUUUACUAUUUAGUCCGGAUGGAACUUGCCUUCUCUCACCUGUAGGAAAUCGAGUUACAGUCUUCGACCUUCUGAACAAUAAAUCUCAUACACUUCCGUUCGCCCACCGAAAAAAUAUCUCUCGCCUCGGAUUGAACCCGCGGGGUAAUCUCCUCCUCUCCGUUGACGAAGAUGGCCAUGCGAUCCUAACGAACCUGCCUCGACGAAUUGCUCUUCACCACUUUUCUUUUAAAUUACCCGUCUCGGCGCUCGAAUUCGCACCCUCAGGAAGGCACUUUGCUGUUGGAGUAGGGCGGCACAUCGAAGUAUGGCACACACCCUCGACACCCGAUUCGAACAGUAGCGGCGAGCUAGAAUUUGCACCAUUCGUGCGCCACAGAGUCUACACUGGUCACUAUGAUACCGUUCAGAAUAUAAAAUGGUCAAGCGACUCUCGGUUCUUUCUGAGUUCAGCGAAAGACCUUACGGCGCGCAUAUGGAGUUUAGACCCAGAGGCUGGAUUCCAGCCCACCACAUUGGCGGGGCAUAGGGAAACUGUUUGCGGUGCAUGGUUUUCAAAGGACCAGGAAAUUAUAUACACAAUCAGCAAAGAUGGAGCGGUGUUUCAAUGGGAAUAUAUGCGAAAUCCAAAUGUGCCAGAGUCUGAGGCGGUUGACGAAGACGGGAAUGAAAUGAUCGAUGCCAACUCAAUGCAGUGGCGCAUCGCGGAAAGACAUUACUUUAUGCAAAACAAUGCAAAGGUCAACUGCGUCGAGUAUCACCCGGAAUUGAACCUCCUCGUGGCUGGUUUCUCGAAUGGUGUCUUUGGUCUUUACGAAAUGCCCGAUUUCAACAUGAUCCACACCCUCAGCAUAUCUCAGAACGACAUCGAUUUUGUUACGAUUAAUAAGACUGGCGAGUGGUUGGCUUUUGGAGCAUCAAAGCUUGGGCAAUUGCUUGUGUGGGAGUGGCAAUCGGAGUCAUACAUCCUCAAGCAACAGGGCCAUUUCGAUUCUAUGAAUGACCUAGUCUACGCACCAGAUGGGCAAAAAGUCAUUACUACAGCAGACGAUGGCAAGAUCAAGGUGUGGGAUGUCAAUACUGGCUUCUGCAUUGUUACCUUCACAGAACACACAAGUGGAGUCACAGCGUGCGAGUUUUCAAAACGAGGCAAUGUCCUCUUCACAUCAAGCCUUGACGGCUCUAUACGAGCCUGGGAUUUGAUUAGAUACCGCAAUUUCCGAACAUUCACAGCGCCGACACGUCUUUCUUUCUCAUGUCUGGCUGUCGACCCCAGCGGCGAAGUUGUCUGUGCCGGCUCUAUGGACUCAUUCGACAUCCAUAUCUGGUCUGUACAGACCGGCCAACUGCUCGACCAGCUCUCCGGACACGAAGGCCCUGUAUCAUCCCUGGCCUUUGCGCCCAACGGCGGCGUCGUAGUCAGCGGAAGUUGGGACCACACAGUGCGCAUUUGGUCCGUCUUCAACCGGACUCAAACAAGCGAGCCUCUUCAACUACAAGCCGACGUCUUAGAUGUCGCAUUUAGGCCAGAUUCGCUGCAGUUGGCUGUUUCGACACUGGAUGGGCAACUUACGUUCUGGUCGGUCUCCGAGGCUGAGCAGCAAGCAGGUGUUGAUGGGCGCAGAGAUGUUUCGGGAGGUCGCAAGAUCACCGAUCGCCGCACCGCAGCCAACGCGGCAGGCAACAAAAGUUUCAAUACCAUCAAGUAUAGUGCGGAUGGCUCGUGUGUCCUGGCAGGAGGAAAUAGCAAGUACAUCUGCUUAUAUUCCGUAUCCUCUCUGGUGCUUCUCAAGCGCUUCACCGUCAGCGUCAACCUGUCGUUGUCAGGAACCCAAGAGUUCCUCAACAGCAAGCUGAUGACCGAAGCUGGGCCACUCGGCCUAAUCGAUGACCAAGGCGAUGCAUCCGACCUGGAAGACCGCAUCGACCGCAGCAUGCCCGGUUCAACACGCGGAGGCGACACCGCCUCGCGCAAAAAGAACCCCGAAGUCCGCAUCACAGGCGUAGCCUUCUCACCUACCGGCCGCUCAUUCUGCGCCGCGUCCACCGAGGGGUUGCUCAUCUACAGUCUCGACUCCACGCCGCUUUUCGACCCCUUCGAUCUCGACAUCAGCGUCACCCCCGCUUCAACCCUCCAUGUCCUGAACAAGGAUAAGGACUACCUCAAGGCCCUCGUCAUGGCGUUCCGCCUCAACGAAGCGCCUCUGAUCCGCCAGGUCUACCAGGGGAUCCCGCACUUCAACAUCGGCUUAACGGUCGCUGAGUUGCCAGCUGUGUAUAUCCCCCGCCUGAUCCGCUUCGUCGCUCUCCAAACCGAGGAGUCGCCGCAUCUCGAAUUCUGUCUGCUCUGGAUCAAGGCGAUUCUCGAUUGCCACGGACAGUGGGUGAGUGAUAAUCGCGGGUCUGUGGAGGCGGAGAUGAGGACUGUGAGUCGUGCUGUGGGAAGGAUAAGGGAUGAGUUGAGGAAGCUGGCGGAUGAGAAUGUGUAUGCGUUGGAUUAUUUACUGAACCAGCCGGUUGUUAGCUCGGGUGGGGAUAAAGGCGCUUUGGAGGGGCAGAAGGUCAUUGGGGAUGGGGAUGAGGAUAUGGAAGAGGAUGAUGAUGAUGCGGAGUGGAUUGGUCUAGAUUAAUUUUUAGAAACGGAUAUGUUCUUUUAUG